AUGAUGGCUAGCCCACCACCCGUUACUGAGGACCAGAACCGUCUCCUCGAGGAGGCAUUGGGGGUGGUGAGGCAGCAGUCAGGCUUGAUGCGCAAAUGCUUGGAAACCCCUGGCAAGCUCAUGGAUGCGCUCAAAUGCGGGUCGACCCUCGUUUCCGAAUUACGAACCCCCAGUCUUGGCCCAAAGCAAUAUUAUGAAUUGUAUAUGGCCGUUUUUGAUGCAUUGCGACACCUAUCCGUCUACCUUAAGGAGAACCACCCCGUCAACCACCUAGCCGACCUAUACGAACUCGUCCAAUAUGCCGGCAAUAUCGUCCCUCGGCUGUAUCUGAUGAUCACUGUAGGCACUGUUUACAUGUCCGUUGAAGAUGCGCCGGUCAAGGAGAUCAUGAAGGAUAUGAUGGAGAUGAGCCGAGGUGUCCAACAUCCGAUCCGCGGUUUGUUCCUACGAUAUUAUCUCUCCGGCCAAGCGAGGGACUACUUGCCCUCUGGAACCGGUGAUGGGCCCGAAGGUAAUAUGCAAGACUCGAUCAAUUUUGUCCUCACGAAUUUCGUGGAGAUGAAUAAGCUCUGGGUGCGGCUCCAACACCAAGGACCGUCGCGAGAGAGAGAAAGAAGGAUCCAAGAAAGACGCGAAUUGGAGUUACUCGUUGGUAGUAAUGUGGUCAGACUCAGCCAGCUCGUUGAUCUUGAGGGAUACAAGAAUGGCAUCCUCCAAGCGCUCUUGGAGCAGGUUGUGCAAUGCAGAGAUGUCCUCGCGCAGGAAUAUCUCCUAGAAGUCAUCACAAAGGUGUUCCCGGAUGAGUUCCAUCUUCACACCCUUGACCUUCUCUUAUCUGCAAUUGCCGGACUCAAUCCGCAAGUUGACCUAAAGAAGAUCGUCAUUGGACUCAUGGACCGUUUGUCUUCGUAUGCUGCAAAGGAAGCAGAGGGUGUUGCAGAGCCCGAGACGAAGAAACAGAGUGAGGAAGAAGCUGUCACCCGUUUACUGGAGAAGCUCGAACUCGCCAAAGAAAGCAAGGGCAAAGAGGCGGUCGGCUCUGGCAGCAGGGAGGAAGAAACCUCCACAGAGAACGGUGCCGAAGAAUCAGCACCAGACGGCUCAAAGUCUCCCGAGCCUGUGAAGCAGGAGACCGCGACUGAGAACGGCCACGAUGCUAAGCCGGGUAUUCCGGCAGAAGUCAAAUUGUACGAUAUCUUCUACGACCAGGUGGUCAAUUUGAUCAAGAGACGCGCGUUGCCGAUCCAGGAUACCAUGGCGCUCUUGGUAUCACUCGUCAACCUGGCUUUGAAUAUCUACCCUGACCGGCCAGAGUAUGUCGACCAGGUCCUGGACUUCGCAACACAAAAGACCGCCGAGUACACAGACCAUGCCGACCUACAUUCUGCACCAACUCAACAGCACAUUCUCCAUCUCCUCAAUGCCCCUCUUAAAUCCUACAUCUCAAUCUUCACAGCUCUGGCGCUGCCUCACUACCUGCCGCUUUUGGCGUCACAGUCAUAUCCUACCAGGAGGGCGGUGGCGAGCGAAAUUCUUCGCAGUCUGCUGAGAAACAAAAUCCCGGUAUCAACAACAGAAAACCUCGACCGUGUCCUUCAGGCUGUCAGAGUUUUGAUCAAAGAAGGCAUGCAACAGUCGGUUGGUUAUCCUGGAGCGCAGUCACAACGGCGUGGAGGUGAGACCGAUGAAACAGUGGAGGAGCAAGGAUGGCUUGCGAGACUCGUGCACUUGAUCCAAGGAAAGGAUAAUGAUACCCAACUCAAGCUUCUCCAAGCAACACGCAAAGCGUUCGCCGAUGGCAAUGAACGUAUCCGCUACACUACCCCGGCAAUCGUGACGGCAUCGAUCCGAUUGGCCCGCAAAUUGAAAUCGCGUGAACACUACGACGAUAACUGGCAAUCACAAUCAUCAGCUCUGUACCGAUUCAUGCACCAAUCCAUCAACAACCUUUACCAGCGGGUCAAUGCAGGCUGUGCCGACCUCGCGCUGCGACUGUUCGUGAUGUGUGGUGAAGUUGCGGACCAGACAGGCUUUGAAGAAGUCAGCUACGAGUUCUUCGCACAGGCGUUCACCAUCUACGAAGAUGCGAUCAGUGACUCACGCGCUCAGUUCCAGGCUGUUUGUAUUCUUUCCAGUGCUUUGCACGGAAGUCGUGGAUUCUCCAAGGAGAAUUAUGACACGCUCAUUACCAAGGCUGCCCUGCAUGGAAGUAAGCUCCUCAAGAAGCCCGAUCAGUGCCGCGCGGUCUACCUCGCAAGUCAUCUGUGGUGGGUAGUUGAAAACCCUCAACGAGGAGAGGAUGAUCCCAAAGAUCUCUACCGCGAUGGAAAACGUGUUCUCGAAUGCUUGCAGCGAGCCCUGCGUGUGGCCGAUGCUUGCAUGGACACCGGCGUCUCUGUCGAACUCUUCGUGGAGAUCCUUAACCGCUACGUUUACUAUUUCGACCAGCAGAACGAAACCGUCACUACAAAGUACUUGAACGGUCUCAUCGAACUUAUCCACUCCAAUCUGCAGAGCAGCGAAGAGGACUCCAACGCUAGUCUUGAUGCUCCGAAGCGUCACUUCGAGCGCACACUGGAAUACAUUCGUUCUCGGGAAUACGAAGGUAUCAUCACUGAUCCACCCAAAUGA